AGUUUGGCACUCCUUCUUCUUCUGAGAGUUCUCUAGCUGUCCUUCUCUCGUUGCUCGCGACGCGUGAGUUUCCAAAUUUGUCGCGUCUCUGUUGGCAAGUGCCAGGAUGACGUGCAUGGAUCCGCUCAACCACCACACAGUCACGUCGUGCUUGCAAUGCGAUGGCUCAGCUGUACUUGUCAGCCUACAAAGCUCAUUGCUAGAAGAAAAGAGCCACUGAAUCAUAUCAAGACGUUUCGUCGGUUUGCAUCAGACAUUCGCUCGCUAUCGUAUGAGGUGACUGAAGCUCAAGCACUGCACUCGCUCAAGAAGCACCACAAAAGUCCAAUCACGCUGAGUCCAUCCACCUCAGAACCCCUUCGUAAGCGAUAUGUACCAUUCUAUCUAUAUGAAGUGAAGACCAAGGCCUUCGUCGGUGCUUCUAUCGGUCGACAGAUGGCUGUGCCCUAUAGAGAUCCACAGACAGGUCGCAUCAGCCAGCGCUUCAAAACCAUCUGGUCCGUACUACCUCGUUUUGAACUCGAGAAUGCGUAUAGCAGUGCCGACACGGCUUGCCAGAUCUACGCUGGCUUUGAAAACUUUUCCUCCCAGUUGUCGCCUUUUCUACCGAUCCGUCCUGCAGAGCUACAAGCGCAUCGAAGUGGCUCUGGUGCAGAGGAGGAACCAUUUGCGAUGCAUGAAGCAUUUGCACAAAAGAAGCUUCAAGCAAAUAUCGCUAAAGAGCAAGAGUAUCUCGUCAAGGAAAUGCUCAAUCGGGAAUAUGGUGCCCUCGUACGCAUCACACAGUUGCAGAUGGAAGUCUCUGUGAGUCAUACGCAACGUGCGUACUUUCCACUCUAUGUCCAAAGUUACAGUCUUGGCGGACGGACAUUGCGGACUUUAGUGAGUGGACGGGACGGCAAGACGUCGGGUUUGAAGCUGUAUGAUCCGAUGCUCUCGGGCCUGGCUGGUGCAACGCUUGUCAGUUUGGCAACAGGCUUGUUGGUGGGUCCUAUCGUUGGCCUUAUUUUGGGUGGAUUGGGAUACUUUGCUGCGCGUACCGUUGCUACCUUGUUACCAAUUUGGCGACUUGCACGCAUGAUGGCCGCACAAGCAGCCGACGUCCAAGCAAACAACACGUUUGGUGGUGGUGGUGGUGGUGGUCAGUCAUCAGGUCGAUCAGGCUUCACUGGAUUUGGUGGCUUCAAUCCCUUUGAGCAGUUCAUGGGUGGUCAAGGACAGCAGCAACAACAGGGUAAUGGCAACCCAUUCGAUCCGUUCUCUCGCGGUGGAUUCAAUGGUCAACGGACGAGUCAAGAUCCAUUUUAUGGUUAUGGUCAAGAAGGAAGACGUGCUGGAGGUGGUACGUAUGGCAACCAAAGUCAGCAACGAUCACGACCGAGUCCGCGUGGCGACGAUCCAGCUGGACUCUAUGCUGCAUUGGGUCUCAAGAAGACAGCGACGCAAGAUGAGAUUUCAACAAGAUUCCGGGAAUUGGCAAUGAAGAAGCAUCCAGACAAGGUGCCAGAGGCAGAGAAGGCUAAGGCAUCAAAAGAAUUUGCAAAGAUCAAUGAGGCAUAUCGCGUGUUGCGUAAUGCAGGGAAGCGCGAUCAGUAUGAUCGCUUUGGCAUUUCAUAAGCUGACAUGUGCAGGCGAGCAUAUAAGUAGACGUGAAUCAAUAGUUCCUGUGGAUAAUGAUGCUGUUACCUAU